AUGAAAAGAAUAAGCUUGCUUAGGUUGGUUAGAGAAGUAUUCUUCAUGUUCUUGUUGGUAUGGACUAUACUUCAUGUCAAUUUCUUUGUGUAUGAUGAUACGAUUUCAUCAAAAGGUGUCAAUAAUAUUUCAUCUAUAUUCCAUACCACAUUGUUGCGACCUUCUGUACAAGUUCAGGCGAUGCCAAUACCCAAUAUUUCAUCUUCAAGAACACCAACAAAGAGCUCUUUUCAAAUCCUGUCAAAUGCCAUUCGCAAGGUAUCCAUCACGCCAAAUCAUCAAAUCGAAAUAUCCAAAAAUCUCCAUCAAAAAACCAAGUCGUGGAACUUACCAUCAUCUCUGCAUGUCAUAACACCCACUCUUUUCUCCUCUCAAUCACUAGAACAAUCCACAAACAUUCCUUCCAUCCUCUCAGUGACCAUGAAUUUGACCUCAACAAACACUUCAUCCAUGAUUGCUCUCGGAACAACCACCUCAUUGGUCAUGACCAGCUUAAAAAGUAAAGUCAAUGGAGGUUUCACGUCCAUUACGGAUUUACAACAAGCUGCCAAGCAACGACAUGUAGUUGUUGGUGUUCACACCAUAAUUGGAUUGGAUAGUUUAUACGUGGAGAAAUUAUUGGGUUUAAAUUCGAGUAUUCAUGAUUACAGAAUAGAGAGAAUGGAUCGUCCUGAAGCUGAUUGUUGGAUGGGAAAUGUGUUUGAAUAUUUUGAUGCUGUAGUUUCAACAGAUUCUUAUUUUACCAUCAUGUUUCGACAAAAUAGAGAUUGUUAUUUGGCAGAAAAACGUUUCAAAUCGUUCUCCAACGUAUCCAAUGAUAUGAAUAUUGUGAAUAUUGGUCCUUAUGAAGUUUUAAUGAUGAAUCCAAAUGGUGCAGAUUCAACAACGAUGGAACUUGUAGCAAGUCAAGCUCUCUAUACAGUCAUGAAACAAUUUGUGACACUUCUAUUUAUACCGCAAUCAUUAUGUAAUUCAUAUUUUAUUGCCCAUGAUUAUGCAGUGAUACGAGCUGGUUAUGGACUUGUCAAUUUAACUCAACAAGAUGUGAAUGGUUUUUCCUAUUAUUUCAAAAAUUCCAUGCGAGUCAAUCAUACAUAUUAUGACAUGGCUCUACAAUUAUUGAAAGCAAAUAUUUCCUCAAAUGUCUUUGAUUCAUUAGGAAUUCAAACACAAGACAAGUUGAGUCCUCAAUUGAGCUCAAUGGUUUUUCCUGCAUCGUGUUAUUCAUGUUCCACUUCACAGUGUAUGUGGGAAGAUAGAAACAGUCCAACACCAUCACCCCUCUCAGAUUCCAUUGCGAUUUCUUCAGCAGUAUUUUUAGGACUUUCACUACUUACCUAUUGGCCUCUCUUAAUCAUAUUUAGAAAUAAGCCAAGUAUAAGGAGAAGAUUAAUCAUUCCUUGGGUAUGCCCAUUAUUUACGUAUCUAAUAGUUUUGGAUCAAUUGUUUGAAGUUUCAAAACCUUGCUAUAUGCUUCACAAUAUCAUUAUUUAUUUUGCUUCCAUGUACAAUAUUGUCAUUUAUUACACAGUCAUGACUCGUUUCACCAUUUUAAGAAAUCUCUAUACAAUUCUGAGGAAGUGCAAAACUGAAACUCAAAUCAAGAUUGUCAAGUUUAUUGUGAGCAAAACCUUUACUAUCACCACUGCCCUUGUUUUAGGAUUUAUCUUGUCUUGCGUUGUUGCGUUGGCACCUCUUGCAACCUAUAGAGAAGAGUUCUUUGGAUACAACUCGCAAUACGUUUCAUCCUUGGUGGUCAGUUUAAUUUCAAUCAUUUUUGCCGCAGCUUCCUUAUUUGCAGUGGUGGUCAAUGUCAUGUUUGGAAUUCCAACAAUCAAGUCCAAAGGAAUGUUGUAUUUUCUAUUCUUUGAUGAUCCUUUCUUCAUUCGAUUUGAUGCCAUAUUUUUGACAACAGGAGCCAUUUUGGUUGCAGUGAGCUUGUUCACUUCGGCAAGUAUGAUUCCAACAUACAAUGGAAUUGUUUCUUUUUUGACUUAUGCAUUGGGAUUCAUGUACUAUGGUGGAGUGGCGAUCGUUUUUGAAAUUCUCAAAAUUUUAUUUUUCAGAGCUCCCAAUGGUACUGGAGAGCAUUGGGAACAAAAGUUGGACGACGUUUCCUUCAUGUUACUGUUGAAAGAAUUUGCUGAAAAAGAAAUGAGUUUGGAAAAUAUUUAUUGUUAUGAAAAGUUGAAAGAAAUGGAAAAGAAGUCGUCAGAUAAUAAUCCACGAUUGAGUGUGUCAGAUUUAGAUUUCCUUUACAAUAACUUUAUGAAACCAUUUUGUAAGAAUGAGAUUAACUUUUCGAAUGAAACCAAGAAAGAUUUUGAUGUCAUUUUGUCACAAUGUAAGAAGAAUGAGGAUGUUAGAUAUAGUUCCUUGAAACAAAUCAUGAUGAUUCCUCUCAUGAUCAAUAUUCGAGAUACCUACAUGAGAUUGGUAAGAACCAAUGAAUACAGAAAAUGGGAGACUGCCAAGUCCAUGUUAGAUGGCAACUAA